UGCCUUGAGCUUCCCUGAAUUUUCGAGAUCAAACAAGCUGUGCCCAUGUACAUAAUCUUGCCUGGGCUCCCUUGAAAAAUUGCACUUGAUCAGAAACCUUCAAGUUCAUCGUCCGCCGCGACAACUUCAUGAUCUAUUUUAAUGGGUGGUUUUCUGGAACUAUCCUAUGGUUUGUCCUUUCUGGUCGUCACUGUAUUAGCGAGCACGUUUCAAUUUCUCUCCAGCAAAAGUCUCUAUCGGGAGUGUAGCCAGGAUUUUCCAGGUGUGCGCACAAUUUUGAAACCUUACCCGAACUUCUUACUCAGUUCUCCCGUAACGUUUCCCCAUUACGUUUGCUAAUUCUGUUAACUAGGUGAGGUUAUGCGUGGAUGAAAUGGCAAUUGCAAUCGGUGAGAAAAUUAGGUUAGACACACUGAUUUUAACACGAAGAUUGUGAAGCAGUGUCUAGUGAGUACGGGGGCUAAUGUCCCAUCGUAAAAAUUUGAAAUUGAAAAGAAAAAUCUUGCGUAAUAGAAGUACACAUUCUUAGUUAUUUUGUCGAGUUGUGAAAAAACACAAAUUUGUUUCUUCUUGAAUUUGUUAUACUCUCAUCCGGUUUGAGUGAUUUUAGUCUUUCCGAUAUGCCCGUCGGAUAUCGGAAAUUACCGUAAAAUGAUCGAUUAAGCGCCGCGGCGCUUAUUAGGGAGGGGCGCUUAUUUCAACUACAGGUAAAACAGAAAGGGGAAUGUAGAGACAACUCGGAGUUGGGCAAGAAAGAGGAUAAAUUUGCACUCCUCGAACUGUUAUAUGAACCUGGUUUCGAAAGUUUCCGUACAUUAAAACUUUAGAACUGACGAGUGGGUGUGGGUCUUUUUAUAUCAAGCGUCGUAACAAAGGUAGGGCGUUUAAUUGGAAAUCAAAUUAGCGCUGCGGCGCUCAUUCGAGAGCGGCGUUUAUUCGAGAAGCGACCCUUAAUCGAACAUUUACGGUAACAUUUUCUUUGUAAGAAAAGGAAAAAAUGAAAGAUUUUCCCCUAUGCUUUCAUGUGCAUUGGUUAAAUUUUCUUUUCAUAACCUACUAUGCUUAUAAUCGCGCAUUCUGACAUUAUUUAUCCUUAAAAAAAUUAGUUUGUUGAAGAAAGAGUGAAUUAAAGGUCUCAUGAGGCGUUUGUGAUUUUACAAACUAUUUGACGCAGUCCUUUUUUUACGGCUUAUGUCCGUUGGGGAAAUUGCUACUUUGGUUUUCUUGGAUUGAAAAGGGCGGGCUCUUUCUAAACGUGGCGUUGUUUAUGGGACCUCAGUAUACAGAAUCAGUCGAUGGCAAACAACGAAAAGGCUUUUAUGUGGUAAGUUACAGUGAUGAACCUUGCCUCGAGAUGGUGAUAUUUUUGUUUGUAUCUUCAGUGUUGGUCUGAAACUAUUGUAACUCUGAUAGGGCACUUUCGUAACAGGCAGUAGGGCACUUUCGUAACAAAUCGGGCACUUUCGUAACAAAUCGGGCACUUUCGUAACAGAUCAGGCACUUUUGUAACAAAAUGAGGAACUUUGGUAACACCCAUUUCUAUUCAUUCAAAUCAUCUUUUUUUCGUCAUUCCCUCACUAUGUGCCAAGAAUAAAGUAAAUAUUAUCACCUGGAUAUACAGUAAGAAUGUAUUAUGAUUUUUGCAAACUGAAAAUGAAAACAUGCCGUUGCAUGGGUUCACUUUGAAAACAAAAUUGCCAAAUGGCUAAUAAAAAAGAAUUAGACGUGUGACUGUGUGCCUGUGUUUUUUUUUUUUUUCUUUUGCUGAGUUUAGCUAAGCGACUGCUUUCUUUACAUAAACAAUGACUUGACUCAGAGCGCCCGAAGCUUAAAUGCUAAUAUUGCGCUCUCGGUUCGUGCACUUUAAAAAAAUGGGCAUAAUGAUAGAUACUGAUUUAUCGUGAUGUGAUUGAUUUAUUUUACCUGUGUAAAAUGAAGUUCAAGCUAGUAAUCACAAGUAGAAUAUGUUACAUGUAACAGGAAGGGGCAAUAUGAGGCGCCGAACAUAGCCGUACGUAGCCGUGUUCAUAGCCGUGCAUAUCCAUACAUAGACGUACAUAACCGUGCAUAGUCGUGCAUGGCCGUGCAUAGCUGUGCAUUGUUGUAUAUAGUCGUGCAUAGCCCUAUAUAGCCUUUGCGUGGCCGUACAUAGCCGUGCAUGACCGUACAUGGCUGACGUAGCCGUGCAUGGCCGUACAUAGCCGUGCAUGGCCGUACAUAUCCGAACAUCUUGAUGUUUUUAUAAUCUUAAAAGGCUGGUUUUCUAUCUAGAGCGAUACAAAACACCUUUUCUUAGCCUAUUUCACCUUAAAAGAAAGACGAAGAAAUUUCAAAACUUUGACCAAAACGAUGGACUAACCCCUUUGGAAAACCGUCAAUUUUUCGACUUUUUUAAAUGGACGUUUCUAUAGUCUAAAAAGACUGGUUUUCUAUCUAGAACAAUACGAAACACUUUUUCUUUGCCUAUUUGGCCUAAAAAGAAAAGAAGAAGAAAUUCAUAAUUUUUACCAAAACCAUGGACUAAUCUCUUUGGGAAAAUGUCAAUUUUUCGACUUUUUUCAAUUGAUGUUUUUAUAGUCUAAAAAGGCUGGUUUUCUAUAUAGCCUUAUGUAGCCUUACAUUGAUACAUUCUUCUGGCAAUAUGUUUGAGUCGCUUUUGAAAUGUCAGCCGGUGCGCCGUCCUACGAAAGUUAAUAGCCUGUCUUACGACAUGCAAGUUAAAUAAAAGUUGUCAUUUUAAAAUUAAGUUCAAGCUAGUACGAGUAGAAUAUCUUACAUGGAACUGUAUGGGGCGCGCCGCCGGCCAGUUCAAAAAAGAAGUUACUUUAAAAACUAGGAUCAGGGGUAGAAUAUGUUACAUGGAACUGUAUGGGGCGCAACGCCGGCCCGUUCGAAAAAAAAGUUAGCUCUAACUUCUCCCUUCUUACUCCAGAGUAGUCGGUUUUUUACCUUACUUUCACUAACAAUGAGAAAAUUCCGGCAUCCUUCUUCUUUCCGCCCACCAAACCUGGGUAUACAGUAAAUAUAUCGAUAGAUUUGGGCGAAUUCAUCGUAAUGUCAUUGUUUAAUUUCACCUGUGUAACAACAAAGGCUAAUAAAAGUUCAAGGCUUCACAUGAGCAUUUCCCAUUAAUAGGAUCAGACUAGAUUAAGUGUAACAAUAACAAAGACUAAUAUAAGUCUACAAAAAACCCAAAUUCAAGACUUCUCCUAAAUUAACAUUCUCCUUUACACUCUUUUUUAUCCUAUAAGAAUAUGUUUUAUGAGAGUAUCAAGGCAAAAUUGCGAAAUUUUAAGAAUAAACCCCAGGCUGAGAAUUUGAGAAGGACUAAAUUUGAUGUUGAAAAAUCUGUAAAUACCUGUACAGUACAGUCAUAUGUCUUUAACUUAACCGUAUAAAAUUAUCAAUUUUAAACAGAUCUAAACAAAGAACACUGGUAAUUGAAACCUCAUUACAUUCUAAAAUGGGAAUACCAUAAGCUAUAAUUUAAGAAUAGUUCAAGAAUAUUUUCAACCUUAAAUAGACAGUAAAAUAAAAACAUUCAGCCCGUGGCGGGAAAACAACAUUCUUAUGUAAAAAAGAGUGUAUUUGGAUCAAAUUAACUGUAACAACAACAAAGACUAAUAAAAGUUUAAAAAUAACUCAAGUUCAAGAGUUCAAAAGAGUUUAAAAAACGUUUACAACGAGACCUUUCCUAUAUAAAAAACGCUCGUUAGUAAACAUUACGCCGGUACACAUAUGGUCAUUCAUUUGUAACAUCGCCCGCCCCUUACGGUUUUUUUUUGUUGUUGUAAAGCAUAAAAAGAACAACAACCAAAAAAUACUUCAACGGACAAAUGCGAUAGUCGUACGCGUACGUUGCAAAUGAAUCCACGCAUGAUUUCAACACCUAAAACUAGAACAAUAACCAGAGUAACAGUAAACCCUGUGUGCUAUCACCAUUGUUUCUAACAGGUUAUUCGUGUUUUUUAAUAAAUUGGAGAGCCGGUUCUUUGUAAAUCAAUAAAAAGGUGCACUUGAAAGCGGGAUGAAGAUAAACCACGAUAAGACCCCUCUAAAUGGUUUCCACGCUGUCCCGAACGUUAGCGGUACAAUAUUUAAAAUGUUCCUAUUCAAAGCCAACGGAUUUGAGUAGGUUGGUAAUAUUGUCGACAUCAAAAUUAAACUUGUUUAUGUGACUAAACACCCUAAGAAAGACCGUUAGUUUGUUCUGUAUGUGUGUGUACGCUACUCCCAAAAACCCAGAUCGGGCUCUUUUGUAACAAAAUGAGGAACUUUGGUAACAUUUAUUCCUACUCAUUAAAAUCGCUGUUUUAACAGGAAUAAAGUAAAUACACCUGCACCGUCAAAAUGCAAGCUCAAAUAAGCUCAUUUCCCGCCCGGCCACGAGCCCUGGGUAUACAGAAAUUAUAUGGUUUUCGCAAAUUAAAACAUGGGUUAGGAGAGAUGUUCAGAUGAUGUUCAUUUCCUCUGAAUUAUUGACAAACAUACUGUCAAUUAACUUUACACGUUUUUUGAACUUUUGUAAAGACGUCUUUCAUAUUUUACUCGAUUAACUACAGUGUCUAAGGAGGCUUAUCAUUGUUAUGCUCACUGGCGUUGAUGCCAUUUUGUGACGUGCAGAUAUCUUCUUUACAUUUUAUGGGAGUGAAAAACAGCAAAUUAAACCAAACUUACCUUAAAAAGUCGUGACUGGACGUACUUUAAAUUUAUUACGGAACUAAUCAGACUGCAAGAUCGGCGAUGCAAAAAGCACGUGUUGAUUCAAGAAGCUGUGCGAAUUGGUAGUCACCACUGCCUGACUGUGAGCACACUGCAUGGCCUACAUUUCUUUAUAUAUCCCAUGGUCCAUUUUCUCACCGCAAAUCAGUUCUACACAGGUCAGUUUGAGGAGUGAAUAACUUUAAUUCAUAAUGAAGGCGGCGGAGAUUCAUUUUCGCUGCCGUCUAUUUGAUUCUCCACUCGCAGUGCUUUCUACUCUGAUCCCAAUAAAAAGUGAUGUGAUAGUGAUUAUGAUGAUGAUGUGAUGUUGCGCGCAUUUGGUUGUUAUUUUUAUGCUUUACAACAGCAAAACUCCAAGGGGCGUGCGAUGUUGCAAAUGAAUCUACCAUAUUUGUGCUCGUAAUCUUUACCAAUGUUGCGGAAUUCUUUUAACCCCGCUCCGCUGGUUCAAACAAAUCAAGAGGACUGUAUCUUUCGAUGUAACAACACCAUUUAAUCCAAUUCAACGAUCUACUGCGAUGUACAAUUCUCACAUAUUCAACGUUCGUAACACAACGAUCAACUAUCAACGUAACUAAACGAUCAACGAUCAACUAAAACAUUCUAAGUAUACAGUGGUUUUUCUACUAUGCUUGCGUAAGGCAGUAUUUUUACAUUAAUCACAUGUACAGUAAAAGUUCCCAUUGUAAUGUAUCUAAAUUAAGUGACUAUUACAAAAUCGCACGUUCUUUAACCUUAUUUAGCCUAAGAAAAUGCACGCAGUUACAUCAUUUUAUAUCGUAAAUAUACUCGGACUUUGUCAACAUUAUUGUGAAAUCUAAUGUGCGCUAAUCUUUGCGCUACGUAUACAAAUGUCAAUUUCUAAUUAAUAUUUAAUCACAAAAUAAUAAAGUUAGGCAUCACCUUCUAUCUUUCCCGACAACCAACGGGUGUUCUCGUUGUAAAGGUUUGUUAGCCUUUCUUGUUGUUACACAGUUGAAAUUAAACAAUGACAUCGCGAUGAAGUCGAAUCUAUCAUUCUGCUCAUUUUUGGUGUCAGCAGCCUUGUACCAAUGUGGAGAGAAGAAAAUAAGUGUAGUCCUCUCUAGAAAUUUUAGUUGACCCUUGAAAUGGUACUUGUUUUUACCAAAAGAAAACCUAUAAAAAAGUGACUCACCCUUACCUGACGUACAGAGUACUGAUAAACCCUCAUGCUCAAUUUUCGUCACUGUGCGUGAUCCGUUACUGCCGUCGCUUUUUGUUGGAAAAGGCAAAUAUGAGUGGUAAAAUUUAGCUCUGCGAUCGACUAAGCCGUGUCACAUACUCAAUAAUAUUUCAUCAUAAGUAAGAAGUCUAAAGGCUUAUUCACUGCAAGUAUCUUUUAGUCAUAUCUUCCAUUAAGAAUUGGUUAGCAUUUUGGAACCAACCCCCUUCUUGUCUAAAGCGAAGCCGAUCUGGAAAUUCGUCUGUUCUCACCUACAUUAAAUUUCAUUUCGAAAAUUUCUCUACAAAGCAGAGAAAAACAAGAAAAACAAAGAGAUUUUUGGUAAGUGCGACCAUCUGCGAGAUGAACGGAAUAGGCCAUGAUGAGCGUUGUCAACGACGAUGAAGACUUACGGGAAUGCUGUGUACUACUUUGUCUUGCUUAUCGCUGUGCCCUCAAUGCCGUGUCCUGCGUUGAAAUAAAAGAACUCGUUGUCCACCGUUGUCCCGUUUGAUAAAUUCAUGCGGCUUAAAGUAGAAGCUCAAAUGGUUCUGGAGCCUAGCCUUAAUGAUCCUUAACCUGUAGUCUAUUUGACUACGCAAUAAAGGCGGGGCCUUUAGAGAAGCGCUGAAAUUGAAUAACUUUCCUUUAUGCAUGUUUGACACCAGUGACCACACGAUUUUUUUCUUGAUUAAAAUUAUUUUCAUCAUGCUUAACAACUUCAUAAUUCAUCGAUGGAAAGGAAUCACGCAUUUACUUGUAAUUGCGCAAACAAUAUACCCGUAUACCCAAUAGCGCAAAAUGCGUAAAAGGGGUUAGAACACCUUUCCGCUGGCCUAGCGCCUUACUUUUUAAAGGAAGGACCUGUAUUUUCGCCCACUUACUUCUACUUUAGUGGUGUUUAGAUUGAUUGCUUUUUUGAUUUUUAUCUCUUACAAAUUACGGUAAAAUUGCUUGCUGGAACUUCUAGCAAAAAGGGAACUUUCGUAACGGGGCCACUUUCGAGAUAUCAGUAACUUUAAAAAAUCACCGAAAAAUAAGGAAACGACCAUUUCACUUUGUGUUUCGCUUAUUAGAUUAACAAUAGACUUAACUAAACUUCCACCACAAUUUUGCGGAUGCUGAUUGGUUCAAAAGGUCACACUGACGUUUUGAGACUUUCCAUUUCAAAAAUGGGCUUUUUCCGAAUCGUAAUUCCUUUCAUGGACAUGAAAAGUCAAACAUGUUCACGACGUUUUUUUCCCGGCCUCGAUAUCUCCAGUUUAAAGUGUUGUGGCCAGCGAGGGAAUCGUAUGGAGUAUAAAUGGUAAAGUAAUAGAUACAAUUAAAUGCAAAAAAGGUGUGAAAAGCAUUUUAAAAAGCAGCUACGACGAUGUAGGGCCCUUUUGUAAUCUUUUUGUGACAUCUUUGCAGCUUUUUCUCUUCUGUUUUAACGCUCGAAUUUGUCUUUUUACAUGCGUAUGUUACUUUAAGUGAACUGUGUAUAGUUUAAGUUUCACGAGUUACCACUUUAAAUUGACGAUGCUAUUAUCAAAAGGGAAAGAAGUAACAAAAGUGCCCUACUUUACCGAGAGAGAGAGAGAGAGAGAGAGAGAGAGAGAGAGAGAGAGAGAGAGAGCAAAUGAACAAGGGGGACGACAGAGCGGUAGAUGUGUUUCAUCACAAAUGUGUACGAAGAAUCCUACAAAUCCAGUGGUAGGGUUAUCAGUCCGGAAUAUCCCUAAAUUUAAGGACAGCGCCAACUGGUCACGCGACACUUUUCAACCAAUGAGAAGGCGCCCUUUUGUUUAUCAACAAACAAAACAUUGCCCCAGUGAUCAAAAAUUUUCAAAACAACGGACGGAGUCGGACAGAAUCAGUCAUCGUUUCGAGGCUUUCAGGCAUAUUUUAAAGACUUUUCAUGAGGCAUACACAAUUUUUUUAAGUGGACAGCGUAUCGGAAGCCAUAUUGGAAGUGUCUCGUGAAAUAUUAAGCACAUUUUGUGGCUUAUUUCUUCUUUUAUCUUUUAAACAACGUGAUGUAUAGGCGAGAUUUUGGUCGGUUUUCAAGGUAGGUUAACAAGUAUCUAUUAUUUUUUCGAUUCACAGAUUUUUUACGAAGUCCUAGAUAUUUUUCCUCGAUUGUCAUAUCGAUUAACUUUUAUCAUGUUGAAUGUGGGGAUAGUAGACAACCUAGAAUUUUGUUUGACAAUUUUUGAAUUCCGAGGUCCAAAACACGUACGUUUUCCACUCCCGGGUUUCUCACAGAGCCAUGUUAUUACUUUUUUCGCAUUAGUACGAGCCUUUGUCUUUUUUCUUUUCAAGGCCAAAACAACUUUAUUAGUCUUACGGAUAUUCACGUCCAACAUUUCGCCUCACUUUGCCGAGUCUGCAGGGAUGAAAUUGAAGAUCAUAAGUGCAAGGUAGACACUAACCACUUUGUUUCUGAAAUUCACUAAUCUAGAAAGAUUUACCGGUAAUGUUGUUGGAUUCUCCAAAUGUUCAUCCACCGUUAAAAAACAAUCAAAGAAACAAGGCAAAUCUCAGUUGUAAAUGAUGUAUUUCGCUACUCAUUGAACAUGCACUGAUUAUCUGGGAUAAAAUUAAAACAUUGCAGGUACUACAGCCAGCAAAGAAAGCACCAGACAGGGGCACCCAACGAGAAUAUAGUUUAAAACCACUUAAACGUAGCACUGUUAAACGUAUUUUAGUAUUUAAACGGUAGAUAUAGGCAUAUUUUUAUCCUCUAAAAAUUUUUCAUCUGUUCGGAUUUCCUAGCUGAAAGCCUAGUGAUCCGAAAAUUAUAGGGAUCAAAACUUACCUUUUCGAAACUUUCAGCCAGAAAAAAGGCUCCCGAAAAUUCUAGGUGACCUUUUUAGGGUAAAAAUCCGUUAAACAUGGGCAAUUAUACCAUUUUUUUGAUGUUCGAAAAUCAUAGGAGAGGCAGGCAAGCAAGAAAUUUUACAACAAAUGUUCCGAAAAUUCUAGAUCUAAAAUCGUCUUCCGAACAGAUAUUCUUCCGAAAAUUGUCGUUGAGUGCCCCUGACCAGAUGCGUGAAGUCAACACGAAACAACACAAAAACAAAUCAAAAAAAUUAAUAAAUUUGAACUACUUUCUAUUCUUGUUAUGAUGACUGAUUCUUUGAUUCUUGUCCGGUAGAAGUUAAUAGGUAGUACCAAUCCUGUUUUGUACGAUCUCAACAAAUGUUCACACUCUCUCUAAGGUUAUUUUUACACAGGACCAGUUUGCUUCUAUCAAAAAUCUUGCAAGCCAUGCCAGUGAAGCCACGACCUCUGCGAUCGGUCCGGAAUCAGUUCGAACGCCCCAAUGAUUCCUUGCAAUACCGGAAUAAUGCUCUUAUUCUCUUACAUGAAAUGUUUUCUUUGAAAUAUUAAAUGUGAAACCUAGACGAGUACUGUAAGCUCAUCUUUAAUUCUGUCCGACUCCGUCCGUUGUUUUGAAAAUUUUUGAUCACUCGAGCGAUGUUUUGAUUUGUUUGUUGAUAAACACAAGCGCGCCCUCUCAUUGGUUGAAAAGUGUCGCGUGACCAGUUGGCCCUGUCCUUAAAUUUAGAGGGAUAUUCCGGACUGGUUAUGUCAGUACUGAAGAGCCACUAGAAAGAGUAGACAUGUAAAGAGGUGAAAGAGCGUAAAUGAUGGGACAUAUACUUAAACAGGACCAAAAAUGAACAGCAACUGCAACACAGCAAUGUCUUGGGUACCAGAAGGAAAAGGAAGAAGAGGAAGACCAAAGACCACCUGGAGGCGAACGGUUGAAAAGGAAAGAAAGAAAGCAGCAUGGGAAUUAUGGGACGAAGUGAGGACCAUAGCAGCCAACCGAAAAAAGUGGAAAGACUCUGUGAAGGCGUUAUGUGCCAAGAGUCACGAAGAGGAUGGGUGAGGUGAGGUGCCACAAGUUGACCUCCGAGAUGAGUUUAACGUUACAAAAGCUGUAAGGCGAGUGGAAGACGCUUUUUAGGUCGCCAGGCGAGCAACAAAAUCGUGACAAGUCUUUUUUAGAGAAAACAAGACGCUAUGGGAGCGUUCAAUUUGGACCCGUGGUUGAGGAAUUAUUUGUGAAUGCGGAGGAAUAGUAACAGAUGAUAUUUUCCGGAUACCCUUCCGAACAAAUACCCUUACUUUUCUCCUUUGAGUAACAAAACGUCUUAACUUCUUCACCGGAAGUCGUCUAGGUGCAUGACCGCGUUUCGAUUAUAAUUUCUGUCAUAAAUAAAUUGCACACAACGAGAUCACAGUUCCACUUCCCUUAUUUCCUCUACAACAACACUUUCUUUAUGUACAGUUAACUGUACACCUUCUCCAGCAACGUAACUAACAUCAGUACACUUCUUUACAAAACUUGCUGGAAAUUCACGAUCUCCACACCGAGGACAAUUCAUAUACAACAUCGCAACAUAAGCUUUAAUAAAUUAUUACAUGAAAAGUAAUAACACGCGAUACAAAAACAAGCAUAAAAACACCUACUCUCCCAAGCAGAACUAAAAGAAGAACAGUGAACGUUACAAAACCACGGUAACUGCGUUUUGCUUCUCCUUGCUUGUUGACAAUCUAUCGCUCAGUCCGAAACGCUUCGUCUAAACGCAGCGCAAAUGACCUUGCCACUUCCUCGAUCUUCCUCUUUCGAAUCACUCUUGCGGCAAUAAUUUCCAGUUAUAACUGUUCUCGUUAUACACAUUUCUGUCCCCCAAAUUUUUUCCAUGAAGGCAUGUAACCUGUGUAAUCUUGACUUUCUUAAGACCGAUUUCGAGAUAUCUCGAACAACUUCCGGCCUCACUUCGGAAGCAAACUGUAAGUCUACAAUAUUCUUCAGCGUCGCGAAUCCUUUAAUACUUUGCGCUCCGCCUCAAAUAUUUAUGGUAGCCGAAAGAACUAGAAGUAAUCUCGCAAUAUCUCCAACUCAUUCCGGUGUACGUUAAAUACCCAACAAGCCGACAAGUAACAACUCUUUUCCCGUACGUCGUGCAUAACUUAUGGCUAUUUUUCACAUCUCAAAUUAAUUACCUUGCGUCGCAGUAGCGCAACCGUUAUUCUCAUCCUUCGUCCUGUAUUACCUGAAAUUGUCCGUUAAUAAUAGUUUAGUGUUAUAGUUGAAUUUUGUUGGCUCACAAAAAACCCACGCGUGCAUUCGCCACCUUCGGAAAACAUCGAUAAACUGAUUUUUUUCGCACUCUGCUGAACGUAACUCAGUCCACCUCUGAUAAAGGUUAUUUUUGUGUGCUACUGAUAAAGAAGGCUUCUCCACUGGUAAACGAUGCUUUUUAGUGCAGUUUACUGAUGGGGUCGGCGAGAAGGAGAGGAACUCCACCAAAAUCAGCCAGUUAAACUUACAAGGUUUAUUUUACUUACUCGCAAGGCGGUUCUACAUAGUUCCUGAUGUUCUUCUCUUUCUCUAUCCUAUCUAUAACUGCUUACCCUUUCUUCCUUCUGUUCCUUAGCAGCUCGCCAUUUAUUUGUUUUUGGUCGUUGACCAUAUGUCUACAUAUAUAAUAAUGCGUAGGAUGUAUCUGCCAACAAAAACGAGCCACAAAACCCUAACUAGCUAAGUUAAUUACUAAAAAGGUCGAAAUAUUCAUUUAAAAGAUAACUAUCUUCCGAGGGAUGUCAAAUUUGGAGACAAGAUGUCCCACUCUCACAAAGCACUUUGUUAAUAUUUGCUUUCUGCAUGCAAUGCUUAUUAGUAAAUUGGUUAUUCAUUAUGUUUCAUUUUUAAAGGAAAACACUUAGAAUGCUCUAGGACCUUAAAAGCCUAUAUUGAUCGGAUAUUUAUCAAACUUUCAUUAACUUUCCAUAUAUCUUCAAAAUCGGGAAGAUAAGUCCUGUAACAACAUGAUCAUUCGAGAACAGCUCUAUUGUUCAUUUUCAUCUAAAUAACCCAGGCGGGUAUAGUUACAAAUUUGGGUUGUUUUAAUUUCGGACUGCAUGGUCUUCGUUAUAAUUUGUAACAAAGCUUGUCUUCAUUGAAAACGAGGUGAGCUUUUAAGGAAGACAACCGUUCGCAGACUCGAGGUAACUGCAGCCUAACUUUGCUAGGCUAUCAAUACAACUGAAAGUAAACUAGUUUUUUUUCGCUUUGUACUAUUCAUCUUUUAUCCCAGGAGUCCCUGCUGCAGCGGAGAUCACAGAUUUACCGGCUGAAACAAAGGAUGUUGUAAUCACCUUAAAAUGGAAAGAGGCUGAAAACAAUGGGGCCCCUAUAACCCAGUACACUGUGUACCGAAGAACUGUCCGUGAGGAUGGCACAUCACUGAAUUGGAUCAAAAUAAAGGAAAUUACAGAAACGUCAGAUCGAAAAGUUGUUUUUAACUUGGAAAAAGGCAAAGAAUAUGAAUUGGUAGUUACUGCUACAAACAGUUUUGGAGAAGGAGGGAAAGAAGAGGGAAAAAUCAAGAAAAUCAAGGUGUUGGGAGGUAGGUGUAUUCUGGCCCAGGUAUCUCAGUAACUCUCUUUACACUCUGUAUAUUUUUCCUUUUUUUAAAUCAGUUUCCACCAUAAAAGUGUAAUGUGUCAGGCAUUGGACUCCAUCCAAUGGUUGUAUAAUGCGUAGCAUCCGUUUGUUGAUAAGUGACUCUACAUAACCUUCGCACAGCGUAACCCUGUGUACACCCAAAACAAAGGGGAACGUGUGUAUUAGUUAUUAUUAAAAACUGAAUCAUUGGAUAAUGCAGUUGUAGAGCUCUGCUUGACUUAGCCAUCAUGGUAUAUGAACCAUUGGUAUAUACACACUCAGUGAACUUGGUGAUUUAAGCAAUCUGAUUGGUUCGCUAUCUCGAACUUUUCAACAAUAUUCACCUCCCACGAAUGGAUAAUGUGUGAGCUCGGUGUUUUUCCCAAUUUUAAGAAAACGAUCUUUUAAAAGUCAACAGAAUCCUAUCGUUGACUUUUUUAAAGACAAGAAACGUUUAGAAGGAUUCAAAACGGCGUUUUUCCAGUUACUGUAGCUGAGUUGUGCUCUAUGGAUUGUUUACAACUCCCGUUUAUUCGCGUACAAGAGGCCGUUUCCUGGACUCUACAGCGUUUCCUAACAAGAAAAAUUUGGCCCAAAAAGCGAAGUUUAUUUAUGACAAACAAAUCUGAAAGAAACCGUUUGCAGAAAUUCUAUCUCUCAAGUAAAUAGGAAACAGAAUGCUACAGGAAGACGACGUCUUACCACGAGCAACGGAGCCGCCAUUUUUGUCAGCACUUCUUGCGAAGAGCAACACAACCAACCUUUUUGGCUAUAAACUUGGCGAGUCAACAGAAAACAACAAAGCCCUACUUUUCUUUUCAGGUAAAGAAACAAUUCAAACUCCUAACGGUUCCAUUUAGGCCAUUACGCUGUUGUGUACGAAGUGAUAAACUUGUGAAUUGCCAUGUUUGUAGACUGCAAAACAGUCCGUAUUUUUGCGUAUUCAAGUACGCGCGAGCAGUCAAACAAAAGUUGUGGAACGAGGCUGAAAACAGAGAGCGAGACUGGUGAAAGACGCUAAAAAAUACGGACUGUCCGUUUUGCAUACGUUAUAUUCGUUCGAAUUACCCGCUUCUCCCAGCCACGGGCAAUUCCCAUUGGCUAAAUUUCGAUGCAAGCUGUCACCAAGCUGUCAAGUAAUGUUUUCAACAAGUCAUUCGGGAUAUUCCCUGCCGAAAUGAAUUGCUAAAGCUUUCGCCGUAAAAUGAUGGAUCGGCCGGAUAUGCUCGCAAGAAUUGGGAUUUGUUUUAAAAUCGGAGCAGAGGGAAGCUCUGGAGUUACUGCUCAGGAGAAAGGAUGUUUUCUGUGUUCUACCAACAGAAUUUGACAAAAGCCUCAUUUAUCAGAUGUGGUUCAUGCAAAGAGUUCGUCAAGUUCUGUUCAACGGCCGACCGUCAUUGUUAUCUUGCCUGGCUAAAAAAGGGGGAUCGGUAGGAAACACACGACUUUCACCUCACGCAAAAAUGCUGCUUGUUCCAAUGGAUUGUUUUCUCUGUCGAGUAGAUUAUGCUUUGGAGGAAAACGUUUUGACUGUAGCCUGAAUUUCAUCCGAUUACUUCGAGUCGUUAUUACUCCCUCAGUAACGUCUGAAUCGACCAGCCGUUAAUGCCGUCCAGUGACGUCACUACUCCUUGACCUUUGCUUUAAUUCAUGCAAAAAGCAAAACACGAUUUUCAAGUGGCAAACCGAGAAAUAUCGUUUGGAAAAGUCUCCGUGGUACAGAACUGCUUUAUUUUUUUCGAUUGUAAUUCAUGUUUAACGUUCAAACUAUCAACUGCAUGCGGUACAACUCUGGACCGGUUGUACUAAAUUCUAUAAUCAAACUCGGUCGCAAUCACGCAAUGAAAUAAACACACACACGGAACACUUAGUUCAAAAACACAAUGAUUUGCUUUAAUUGAAAAGAAGCUAUUUGGUCCUUAGCGAAGAAAAAAAACAAGGAGACAAGAAAGAAAAGCUAACAGAAUCAUCACACUUGACGGUAAAAAUAGCAAGAAGGUCGAAUUAUAACAUUGAUCUCAGAAAACUUCGCGUAAACAAAAUCACCGGCCGCCGAAACCACAAAGCGGCUCUGAAUGAAAAACCUACCGACUCUCCGCAAUGAUUCUUCAUUCGCAGUUCAAUUUAGCAUUUCAGUUUCGAAGACAAGGGCAGUUUUGCUGUUUAAGAUAAAGAUUAAGCUUAUAGGAAUGUUUGAACUAACCGAAAGAAUGCCAGGGACGUGAUCCGCUGAAUAUCAAAUGACAAUCCCGCUAAAAUUUUUCAUAAUUAUACAUAAUUAUGCGAAUGUUUAGACAAUCAACCAAUCAAAAUCACUACCCGGUUUUCGGGUAGUGAGUGACGUCACUGGACGGCAUUAACGGCCGGUCGAUUCAGACGUUGUUGAGAGGAGAAAACGACUCGAAGCAAUCGGAUGAAUUUCAGGCUAUUUUGACUGUGCAAUCGAGAAUUUUGGCCGCUUAUUAAAUAUAUUUCAUACUGACAGGUCGUGACACGCAUAUUGAUUUUCUCUGGUCGGCAUGAUUUGCCCUCUGAUGCAACAGCAUUUUCUUUCUUGGCCCCUUUAGAAAUGUAAAGCUCUUCAUUGCGGCUGAUUAAGGGUUUUAGGUUGUUUUAUUUCUCCAAAGUGCCUCCUGGAUUUGAAUAAUUUUAAGCGAUUUUUUUUAUGUCCGUGAAUGUGACUAUUUCCUGCAAUGUUUUGUCACGCUGGGCCCAGCUCGUUAGGGUUUUUAGCAGGAUUUUAAAUUCUCACAGAUAGUGAUUUACAGAGCUAAAUCACCAAGACGUGGAUUGGAAUGAGGGGAUUUACUCAUUCUUUUCAAUCGCAAUAAUUGUUCAUUGUCAGUUGGCGUGUUCAGUUCUUCUCUAAUUUGCGAAAGCAUCGCCGUGCAGUUUCCCGGGGUAGUUUCUAACCUUUGUUCCGCACGAGGAGAAAACUCUUGUGGAGAGAGAUUCUCCUUCCUUGGGGACAACGAACUUUUCUUUUUUUUGUAGGUCGGCCCACUUUGGUAACGUUUCUCCUUUUCUGGUAGGCGCAACAAACACAUUUUCCGAGCUUAUCCAUCCACUCGUAAAAUUGCCGAACUGUGUUUUGAAACAACAGCCGCACAUUCUACAAUUUAUCCGAAGCGCUUGGCACUUUCGGCUUUCUCCCUCUUCGAGGAGCAGGCAGGCUUUGUUGUUGUACUGCCACUUCGACUCAUUUUUGAUCCUCCACUAUAUAUACUACAUUUCACAGAGAAGCAACGCCAAAAAAUGCUUUAGAAUUACCGGAUUACAGCGUCAAGAUUCGAAGCCAAGAGCAGACAAUAACACGCGGUAUUCUCCCUUGAAAUCAAUCACCGAGUGUAUCGAUUUCAUAAAGAGGGCGGGGUUGUGAACAGAUUUUUGACAGCCCGACGACAUUUUUGAACCCCCUGGUCGGAACGAACUCAUUGUAUGGAAAACGGACAGUCGGUUUUUUCUCUCUCGCCUCACACGCCCUACGGGCGUGUGAGGCUCGCGCGGUUCGCGCGCAUAAGACUCUUACGCCACGCGUUACCGACUUCUUUACUGAUUUUGAGGAAAAAACCGACUGUUUUGCAGUCUACCAUGUUUGAAAAUUCUGCAAAGAUCUAUUUUUAAACUUUCGCGUGACUUGAUCCGUCAAUCAAAUCGUACUUUUUAAUGGUUUCCUCUCUGAUUUUGUUGAGAUCACUUCGUGUGUAUAUACUAAACAAUAAUAAAAAAAAAUAAACUAAACUAAACGUGCUUUGCUACAUACCUGUACUUACAUGUUUGUCGAUCAUUAGUCUUAAGUCUUAAAGCUGUGGAUUAUAUUGCGUCGCGUUCCAAGUGAAUCUGUUGAUUGCUUUCGACGCGACUUUAUUACCCGAUAAAGUCGUGUCAAAUGACGAAGGAAUGUUAUUGACAAUGAAUCGUUUACUCUCAGAUGAAAGGUAAAAUUAGUUUAAAGGCCGUUUCUCAUUUGUUUGCGUGUUUUUAUAUCAAGCUUCUGAUAAUCACGCAAUAAGUAUUUAAAAAAUGUUUUGACCUAACAAUAUUUAUAACUUUUGUGUGUUUGCGUCAAGCUUUACAACAAGUUAACCUACCUAUCCAAACUGAUCUGUAAAAUACCAUUGAAAGCUUUCUACAAAAGAGUAUGAAAGCACACUAAUCUUUGUUCAGGAAAAACGUUUUGAUAGAAGUGAAGGACUAAAUAACACAUUAAGACAGUAUUAAGCGUUUAUAAUAGCGUAGCCAUAGUAAUAGGCAGAGCCAAAUACGGGCAGACAUUUUAUUCACAACUGGCUAAGCAUUACCAUAGCCUUAAUUGUACCGUCUCAAAUUGGAAUUUGAUUUUUAACAUCAGCUAAGCGUAAAAAAGUGGUACUCCAGUUACUUAAGGAGGAACGAGUAAAAAUAUUGAAAGGAAAAUUAACAGCUCUGUGACAUUUCUUUGUGCGUAAGGUGUCCCGUCAGCAGUGGCCUUCACAUACGAAUUAAAUGUUGACCAAAUAACCUUGAAGUGGGAGGAACCAAACAACAACGGAGCAGAAAUCACAGUGUAUACUGUGUACUAUGGAACCCAAAGUGAUGAGCAGUGGCAGGAGACUGAAAAGAUAACGGAUGUCUCAGUACGUAAAUAUGUUGUGAAAGUCGAAAUGGGCCGGAAGUAUAAAGUACUAGUAACAGCAAGCAACAAGUAUGGAGAGAGUUCCAAGGAAGGCAAGAUAAAACGUGUUGACGUACCGGAAGGUGAGUUUAGCCCAAGUUUACCGAGUAAGUGCUCAAGAAAAUACUGAUAGGUCAAUUUUGUGUACUGUAUAUUCAUAUGGCACCUUGACAUUAAGCGACGUCAUUUUUUUUAGCCACAUUUUUAUUCCGUAAUCAAUAGUUAGUUUCUACAUAUAUGAAUAACAGACUGUUUCUUCCUUGAUCAUACAGUCAAAUCUCUUUAAUACGGACACCAAACGGACAGAACCAAUUGCCUGCUUUACAGAGGUGUCCGUAUUAUAGAGGUAGGGAAAGUAUGAUUUUUGGCAUUUCUAGGACCAAACGAACAAUCCGUAAGAGAGAGGUGUCCAUAAGGAGAGGUUAGACCGUAUUUCAAAACAAAGCCAAACCAAGUGCAACAAACGCUGUGGUCCUUUGACAGAGGUGAACUUUUCUCGUGGUGGCAAAAAGCAAUUCAGUGCUACCACUCCACUGACUCCAUUCUUUUACUACUGGAUGCUUGACGGAGGUUGAACUGCAACUCUUAAAAUUUCUUAUCAUUCUCUCAGCUGUAUAAUAUUGAAUAGACCUUUGACCUUUCAGAACGCCGUUCCUAUACAAAUCUUAAGUAUCCUUAUACUAAACUGCUGGGUAGUUUUAAUUGCCUGUCUUACUAAAAUAUACUUAAUAUACAAUUAUGUUUUUUUAGGUUCGAAGCCAAGCGCACAGCCCAAGACGAGUAGUAUGAAUACAGCUGUCAUUGCCGGAGCAGCAGCGGUGGGCGUCCUUGUCAUUGUUGGUGUAAUUAUUUCUGCUAUUUGGUGGAAGCGAAGGAAAAGUUCUUCGGAUGGUGUGUUACAUUAAAUAGCAUUCCCGAAAUGUAUAGAGAAUAUACUUCAUGGAAAGUGCUGGCGUACGGUAUUUACACACGAGUUGUUGACGUAUCAAAAAUCGAACUUGUGAGCGCAGCGAACGAGUGAGAUAUUCUGAUACAAAAACAACGAGUAGGUAAAUACCGUACGAAGCACUUUACAUGUCGUAUUGUGUUUAUUAUAUACAUACUGAGACAUCCAUCAUUUUGGUAUCAGUAUCAGCUUUUUAGUAGAAACGUUUCUUAAAAACAUAAAUGACGGUGAGGAUAUGAGGUAAUCCAAGAACUACAAGUAAUCUCAACUGUUUGUUCUGAAUGUACAAUUGAAAAUGAGUGAAUUUAAGUUAAAUUGCUGGUUUCAAUAUAUUAAAGCGUACGCUUAUAAAUGGAAGACAAAGUAGCUCCGACAAAAAGCACAACAUAAGCUUAUGUCUUGUUCUGUUUUUUCCCCUUUCGCUGUUGUUUCGCCGGCUCUCCACAGUUUUCUUUAUCGACAGUGAAACAAACGAAACUAUUCCACUCCAUUUCUGAAAUGUUUUUCACUUUUUUUACGAGAAAAACUCUUUGAGAAAAACUGAGCGGCGCUCAGCAAGCUGCAAGAAAAGGCGGGAAUUUUGGCGCGAAACUCACACACCUCUGUGGCUUCUGAUUGGACGUAUCAUUUUUCUCACAUGUGAAAAAACAUUGUUCGCGAUUCUGAUUGGACGUAUCAUUUUUUUCACGUGUGAAAACCAUAGUUCACUCCUCUGAUUGGCUAGAACUCAUUUGCGUAUCAAAAUUUACAACACAACUUUUUGGUGAGUAUUUCUCAGUAUGUAUAUAAUAAACUAUUUUACUCUUCGAUGUGCAUGCUUACAUUAAUCUCUGGCCUUACUAGUUUGCAGUAUGUAUGUUUCCAGUAUGUAAGAUGACUUUAAGUUUUUGACGUAAUAUAUCAAGCAUGAGACGCAGUUUUUCAUCACUAGAUGAAACACUGAGAAAAGAGGUGAAAAUACGACGCGCAGUGACGAACUUCGAGGUAUUUCAUCUAGCGAUGAAACACUGUGUCAAAUGCUUAAUAUUACUUCUCAAACGAAAUGACUUUAGAAGGAGAAAUCAAGGAUGCAAAAAAGGCCAGUUUUUCAUCUUAUUUCCAAACACUAAUUAAAAAUUCACUUCGUUUGGGUUUUCUUUAUGAAGUAUUAAUGAAUUUGAGACGUGAGGUGUGUACCGAGAGAGAUCUGAAGACGAAGCUAAUCCUGCCAAAAACUGAUGCUCUUUUUCCUUUUUUUUUAUGUUACCAAGAUUUUUCGAGUUGUGUGUCCACAUAUGUGUUAGCAUGUUGUUUGGUAGUGAUGCACCUCUAUCGUUCAACCCUUUAGUGGUGGCGGAGCUGGGGCGUGGGGAUACCUCCAACGUCACAGUCAAUUAGAAAUGCCCCUAUUUAAACAAAACGUUUACCUUAGCAAAGUUCCUUGUUGAAACCUUUCAGAAUCAGAGUAAAACAUGGGCCACUGAAAGGAAUAUUUUCACUUGGCCCAUCAAGAGUCAGUUUCGGUUUAUGGUAUUGCAUUGUUCAACUACUUUUGCCAUUAUUUUUCUGUUUUUCGCCUUCGUUAUUUAGUAAUGUUUUUUUUUUUUUUUUUUUUUUUUUUUUUUUUAUUAACAGAGAUCUUUAUUACCACUACAUCACUUACAACACUUUCACUACAAAAUUUAAGGUUACAAAAAAAUUACAAUUAAGAAUUAAGAUUCCAACGAUUAAUACAACAUACACUGCAACCAGGCUUGCUUCACGCAUACGUAGAUUAGAUUAUAAUCAUUUACAGUAAGGAGAGGAGAGGCUUCCAUUGUGAAAGAAAUUUUGCUUUUUGUCCUUUGGAAUAAAAAAUCGAUCUUUGCACAAUUAACUUGUCUUUAACGAAUUCAAGAAAGUGAUCAAAGCUUGGGGGUUUAAUUUCGCUCCUUUGCAGGAAGAUAUGUCUCUUGCCAAGAAGGAUAUAAUAGUUAAGGAUUUGCCUUUUAGGAUCUUCGGGAUUAUAGCCAUACAUUAUACUUAAGUUAUCAAAUAGCAAACAUUCACCACUGUGAGUUUUCCACCAGCUAAUUACUUCAAACCAAAACUUUUGAAUUACUAUACAGUUAACUAGCAUAUGGGAGAGCGUUUCUAGGGAAUCACAAUGUAUGCAGAGAGGAGAGUUUACGAUUUUCAUUCUGUGUAACAGAACCCCAUGUGGAAGAAUAUUAUGAACAAUCUUAUAUUGAAAUAUGCUUAAUUUUGUUUCUUUAGUUAUUUUAAAUGGAAGCAUAUAAAUAGAACUAAGUUUGGAACUGUCCAAUCCUUGCCUGCAUAGUCAAAGGCUAGCCAACGGUUCUACAAAUUUCCUUUGAAUAAGUAUAUUGCGAACCUUCUUGCUAGUAACCACGUUAAUUUCCUUAGUUGUAUUUUGUUCCAUAUCUUGAAUGUUCAUGAUAAAUCCCGGUCUCAAAGCGCACUUCCAUCUAUAAGGUAUAGCUGAUAUUAAACCAAAAAACUUAGUAAAAGGCGCCUUGAGGCCAGUUUUUGAAAGAAAAUUAUUAAGUGUGAGGAAUCUGUUUUUUUCAUCUAGUAGGUCUUUAAUUCUAAGUAUACCAGCUUCAUGCCAUUCUUUCCAAUAUACUGAUUUACCGUCUAUCAAAAUAUGCUUAUUAUUCCAUAAGAUUACAUUCUCAACACAGAUUUCAUUGUCCGAAGUUUGCUCUCGGACUUCCGCCCAGGUGUUAAGAACAUCAGCGUAAAAUAUUGGUAAGUUGUUUAGGCCUAGAAAUUUUACAUCAUAAUCACAAUCAAAAAUAAAUGGCCCUCCAACAUUUUUCAAAUAAAAUAAAGGAAUUAACAUCCACUGAUCCUCUACACCAUUCUUCAUUCUUUGAACCCAAGCACUUUGUAACGACUUGGAUAUAGUCUCAAAUUCUGGUAAAUCCAGCCCUCCUCUUUCUUUUGGACCUAUAAGAGUAUCCCUUUUUAUCUUUGGUUUCUUGUUAUUCCAGACAAAAUCUGUAAUCAAUCUAUUAGUGAUAUCUAUAUAAUGAGGCGGUGUAUGUAUGCACGAACUUACAAAGAUAAGUUUCGAUAGCCCUAAUGUUUUGGCGAUUGUUAUCUUGCCAUAAAGUGAGAGAUCUCUUUGAGACCAUAUAUUAAACAGCUUUUGAAUUUUACAUAUCUUUUGUGAAAAAUUUUCCUGUUCGCAAAGUUUUAGAUUGUAAGAGAAUGAUAUCCCUAAGGCGGAGAUAGGCCUUUGUGGCCACUGAACUCCAAAUAGUGUAUCAGUCCUAUUUGCGUUUUUUUCCAAGCCACAUUGCUUCAGAUUUACUUUGGUUAAGCUUUUAAACCGCUGCAAUCUUUAAAUAGGUCUAAUAACUCUAACAGUUUCCCAAGCGACUCUUUAUCUUUGCAAAAGGAGGUGGUGUCAUCGGCAUAUUGAGAUAAUUUUAUUUCUUUGUUUAGGACUCGAAUUCCCUUUAUAUGUUCAUCAGCUCUUAUUGAGCAAGACAGCAAUUCUGCGGCUAAAAUGAACAACAAGCCAGACAAAGGGCAGCCUUGUCUUACUCCUCUCUUUAAAGUAAAUGACUCGGAGGCGAAGCCGUUGUUUAUUAUGCAGCUAGAAAUGUUUGUGUACAGAGUUUUCACCCAAGUCUUAAAGUCGGGUCCAAAUUGAAAGGUAUCUAGAGCUUUAAAUAGGUACUCCCAUUCUAAACUAUCGAAUGCUUUUUCAAAAUCGAUGAAUAAAGCAAUUCCCUCUAUGUCCUGGUCAACGGUGAAAUUGAGGAUGUCGCUUAUAAGUCUGAUGUUUUCACCGAUAAAUCUUCCCUCUACGUAACCAGUUUGUGUGUUAUUUAUAACUGCCGAUAGAACCUUUUUUAGUCUGAGAGCUAAAGCUUUAGAGGCAAUCUUAUAAUCCACAUUUAAAAGUGAAAUAGGUCUCCAAUUUUUAAGAUACAAUAAAUUUUUUUUUUUUUUUGGAAUAAGACGUAUGAUGCUUUGUCUUUGAGAAAUUGACAGCUCACCUUUAUGGAAUCCAUAAUUAAAACUGUUUACCAUUAUCUUGCCUAAUUGACUCCAGAAGAAGCUGUAAAAUUCGGCAGUAAAACCGUCAUUGCCAGGGAUUUGUUUUUUUUGGAAACAUUUUAAAGCAUUCCAGCACUCAUUCUCCGUCAGCAAGCCUUCGCAGUUCUUUCUUUGUUCAUCAUUCAGCUUUUCUACCUUGUCAUUAUCGAAGAACACUUUGAAUUUAGGAUCGUUUACUUGAGGAUUUUGCGAGGAAUAUAAGGAUUGAUAAAAUCUUUUUUGUUCUUUUAGGAUUUCCUUUGGGUCCGUGAUACUACUUCCGUUUUCUUGUAUAAGGCUGGUAAUGCAUUUAUUUUCAUAAUUUCGUCUCUCAAGAUUAAGAAAAUAUUUCGAACUUCGUUCGCCGAACUCAUGCCAACGGGCCUUGGAGCGCACAGAUGCUCCUCUUGCCCGGUCGUAGGAAAUCUUAUCCAAUUCGUUCUUAACUUUAAUGUAUCUCUGGACGGCUUCUGCUGAUGGGCAGUUUUCACCCAUAUUUCCCAGUCUUGAGACUUCCUGUACGAGAUCUUUUUCAUAAUCUUUUUUCAUUUUAGCUUUUUGUUUUGAAUAACUAAUUGUGAACGCCCUUAUUUCCAUUUUAAUCAACUCCCAUAAGAGUCCGUGAUCUUCAAGAUCCUGAUACUUGUUUAUAAAGUGCGGAAUUUUAAACAUUAAUUUUUCUGCAUAUUCAUCAUCUUCUAAGAGGGAGGAAUUGAAUUUCCAGAAUCCAGGUCCUCUUUGGUAUUUCUCAUUAAUUGGCAAUUCCAACGUCACUAAAGAGUGAUCGCAAUGUGCAGCGUGCUUGAUUUCACAUUUCUGCACGGGGGAAUUUUGUAAUAGUUGACGGGCUAUUAGCCAAUAAUCUAAUCUGCAUUUUAUUUUCAAGUCAGAUGUUCGCCAAGUAAAUUGUUUUUCUUCUGGAUGUAGCGUUCUCCAUACGUCGUCUAAAUCUAAAAUACACAUCAGUUGCUCGAUCUCGCUGGCGACAUUCCUUCUUGACGAAACAUCACGUCCUCCUUCUUUAUCGGUUUUGGAAAGAGGGCAAUUAAAAUCGCCACCUACUAUAAUGUUGUCGUUGGGAAACUGUUUAAGUAAAGAUCUGAGUUGUUUAAAAAAUAUAAUUUGCGCGUUAUCAUUAUUGGGUGCGUAAAUAUUGGCACAAAUAAAUUUCUGAUCAUCUAUAGAAAACUGCAGGAUAAGAAUCCUGCCGUUUUCACAACAAAUUUCAUUUUCUACUAGCACUUUGAGUCGAGGAUUAAACAGAAUUGCUACUCCUUUGCUGUGUUUACUUCCAUGACAGAAGUACACUUUACUACCCCACUCGUUACUCCAUAAUUUUUCUUGGUCAGUAGAACUAUAUGUCUCUUGCAAGAAAAUUAUUGAGUACUUGUUAACGUGCAGUUGCCGAAAAAUAGCUCUUCGUUUUCUUGAACUAUUUAAACCCCUAACAUUUAACGUAAUAAAAGUUAACUUAUUCAUAUUAACGAAUAAAUAUCGAUAUCUUAAUAGUUUCACAAUACAGAAGCCUUCUUAAGCUAAAGCCUGGAGAAAACAUUGCAUCACUUACAACAUAAAAACGAAAAUUACCUUUUAUGACACAAAUUAAAGGCAUUGCCUGUGAAGUUCUUUUAACUCCAACAAUGGGUAGAAUGUGAGAUUAAAGUUGUUGUUGGUCAGUAUCACUCCGACGGCGUUGCUAGGUUAACUCUUUGCCUCUUCCAUUUCAUGGCGUAGUUUUGCUAGUUCUUCUGUUCCUACGAUUCUGUGACGGCCAUUGGCAUCGACAUAUUUGAGUAUUGCAGGAUAUGCGAUGUAGACUUUCCGGUCGUCUCCGAGUUUCUUCUUUAGAAACUUUCUGUAGGGCACGAGCUCUUGCCUCCGCCGUUGGGUUUUUUUGGCAAAAUCCUCACUUAUACCAAUGGCAUUUCCGUUUAACGGGUUAUCCUUUAGACGAGCGGCGGCAUUCCUUAGUACCUUCAUCUUAUCCGUGUAUCGAAGAAAAGCGACGUGCAUUGGUCUGGGACCCUUCUCACCAGCAGAAGGCGUUUUGCUUGGCGUGCGGUGUGCCCUCUCCAGCUCAACAUGGCCACAUAACGUUUCAAGGCCCAUAUGCUGCGUAAUAAAAUCCUGUACAAAAGAGAUGCAAUCUCCUUUUUCGGCUUUCUCUGGUAUAUUGUAAAAGACUAAGUUGUUCCUUCUUGACCUGUUUUGUAAUUCUUCGAUUUCAUCCUUCAGCGCAUCGACAGUGGCGUUAUCUGCUUUUAAGUCUAAAUCCGUUUUUACCUUCUGCAGUUCUGCUGUCAUAGAGUUAAGUCCUCUUUCCAUGUCACCUACGGUAUUUUCAAUCUUCAGCAGUCUUCCGUUUAUUUGUUCAAGCACGUCUAGCUUCUUUAGCUUUUCGUGUAUGCUUUCCAAGAUGGCGGCGCCGGCCUCAUGUUUAUGUGGUGGCGUUCUUUCAUCUUCACUGCUUAAGCAUGCCUGUUGUCUCGCUCGCUUUUCGUUGGGCAUAACGGAAAGGAAAAGCAAAGAUUCUCUGAAUAGUUUGAGGCUGAUUUGGCUAAUUUCCUGAAACUGAUAUAGUGAAACGGCAAGGCAGCGUCGGAGCGACAAAAAAACACGACUACUCCAUUUGGCGCCCAGUCCCAGUUAUUUAGUAAUGUUACUUUCCCUUAUUUCUCCGAGGAUAACAGUCCAUUAAACUAGUAUAUCUGUCUUUUUUCUUCUUUCAGAUGCAUCACCGUCUUCAAGUGCUUUGUGAGUAUUACAUUCAGUACAAUAGUGAUAAUGAUUUCUUUUUCUCAUUCUAACGCCAAACAUCGCUUCCGUUCUUUCAACUUCCUUGAAAACAAAAAGUGUUUGGUCCUUUAUUAUUUUUUGCAAGGUAAGGGGUUGCUAAUUGAUCGUAAUUCUACCGCCUUUACUUCGUAUUAGUCACUCAGAUCUGUGUUAUUAAAUGCUAUUUCUUAUAGGCGCGGUGACAAUCCCUACGAGCUAGAUGAUGGUUACCAGGACGUCAGUGCAUCAGUUGCCGCCCAGGAGCUGCAGGCUGAGGCAGGUCCUGUGGCAGAAGCAGACUAUGCACAAGUGGAUAUGUCUAAAAAGAAAAGAAGCAGGCGACCAGUGACUGAUGAGUAUGCACAGGUGGACAAGUCUAAAAAGUCAAAGAAACCCAGAAAGGUACAUAUGUAAGAUAUUUGAAAAAAUAUUUUUAUAUUUUUACCUCUCCCUUUUGGGGGCUCUCAGGGAUAAUGUAUGCAACAGAGUUUUACAGAUUCUAAUGGAGACAAACCAGUUGGCUACUUUCAAGCGUGGACAAGUGGUUGAACUACGGCAAAGAAAUCCAGCUAGCGAUUGCUUUUGAAUUCGGGAUCACCUGAAUGCAAGCCCAGCGCUCUACCAUCUAGGCCACGCUUCCUCCUAUACUACAUUACAAUAGCACCUUUUUCCCGAGUUUGAAGGCGGGGGUUUCAUUGGCCCCCACUGCAUCAGAAUGUUACACAGAGAGUAAACAUUCCAACUACAAUACAAAUGAUAUUUCGUUGCACCAAUUUUCUUGUGAGAGCAGUUAACACAAUGUAGAGAAAUAUUCUUCAACACCAAUAAAAUCUUUAAAGUUACGCAGAGCAUUUAGAGCCCAUUCGGAUCCCCUCAUAAGUGACGUUUGCUUUUAUUCGUCGUUUUGAUGAGGCUGCAAAAUUGUUCUACCAGUUGGGGGAAGGUAGUAGCCUUGAUCACGGUUCAUUGCCGGUCGCCUUGUAUGAAUUUUUAUGGUCUCAAGAAUCUUGCGUGGAAUACAUGUGGUUCUCUUGGCCAACAAUUUUCACACUGGCCCAGUCGAUGGAGUUCAGACACAGAACAGAGGUUUUGAGAUCACAGAGUUGCGAUCAAUGAUACAAUUUUGCAGCCUCAACAAAAUGAGGCUGCGGACAACAGCAAACGUCACUGAUGACGGGAUCCGAGUGGGUUUCGAAAGCUCUGCGUAACUUUCAAGAAUUUGUUAGUGUUGAAGAACCGUUCUCUAUAAUAUUAUGUCCCAACAGCUAAAUCUUCAUUUUGUCAGCUAGUGGAUUCAUUUCAAGCCAAGUGUUUUGAUGGUGUUCCGUUUGUUGAUCUUUAAAAGUAGCAGUGUUCUAUUUUUUUUUUUGUUUGCGUUUUAGUGUCACUAAAAUAAAAGGAGAAAGAAUUUUAUUGUUGAAUACAACCAUGCGUACAACAGAUUAACAGCGACGCAUGACGAGAGAAAGGUCACGCGGUCAAUCUUGCAGAAAGCAAGAUAAUUUACUAUCGAGAAAUCAUUCUGUCAUCAUAAUGAACGAUGAGAAAUUACGCUAAGACCUACUUCUCCUCCGUACCUCAUCCUUAAAGCGGCGAAAAUUUCCCGAAACUUUGGGCAAAAUUCAUGUUUUCAUAACACAGACCGAAAACAAUGACCCCGAAAUAGGCGCAAGGCACGCUGGGAAGAUGGUUAUAUCCUCUUUUGUUGAAUACCAUCCUUUUUUAUGUUUUCAGCAACCCGGUGAGCUGGACUACGCGGAACUUGAUGACUUUAGACCCAGUGUCCAGCCUGCUGCUGCUGCCGAAGCUGCACCUGCUCGGCCCUUGAUCCGUCGACCAGUUUAUGAGGGGACUGAGUACGCAGAUAUUACACAGUUUGGUGUGCCUCAGCCUGAACCAACGUAUGGUAACAUACCAAAGAAGGAUGUGGUGUACUCCAACGUACAGGGUAUAUAAACUGUGAUUGAUAAAUUACAAAUGAUGACAGGAAGUUUUAAAAAGCUUGCAUCCAAGCUUUAAUAGUGACAGAAAUUCGAAGAGAAUUGGGACUGAAAAUUUUGUUUUUCCUCAGUCUCGAUUCUGUGUUGAUCUAUGUUACUAAAUGAGCUUACUGUUUUUGGUUUUGUGUUGUUUUAUUGUAAUAUCACUUUUCUUUUUGCUUGGUUCUAGGACUACAUUAGCACAAUUUCGUCAAGUGAAAAAUUAGAGUAGGUAAAAAGGUUUAAAGCAUAUUUUUGUUAAACUUAUAUAUCUAUACCACAUACUUAGAGAAAGUAAAUUAAAGAUUUAUUUUUCAGUUAGAUUCUUUUUAUCCAGUGAAAUUAAAAUAAGAUUUUAUAAUAAAGCAAAUUUUUUGUACUUAAAUUUAAGAAUCUUUUUAAAAUCGGAAACUAACGUCUUCUGAAUUAAACGUACAUGUUGGGUACCAGAAUUUCACAGGUAGAGAGUUUAAGCUCCCCACAAUUUUUUUAGAGCACAGCCUUGCAUAAGCUAGAGAUAAAUGUGAGUGUUGUGUCUUUGUUGGGGAACAAAUACCGUAAGGUUAUCAUCGGUGAGCGUUAAAUUAAACUGAAAUUUUUAUUUCCUAAUAUUGUUUCUUUCAACUUAAAAAUGGCUAAUUUUGGCUUUUUCCAAGUUUUAUCGAUUAAAAAGGCGUGAAAAAAGUAGUUAACUGUCCUUAAGAUGUAUUUGCAAGAAAGAAAACGCAGUAAAAUGUUCCAUGUUUCUUUUUUCUUUUAUUGAGAAGCAUUUGUAAAUGCAGUAAAUCUAUAUUCACUGGGCGAAGCUAAAGGCGAGAUGAAAAAAAGGCAGCUUGAAAAAAAAGGUAUUUUCUUUUCCACCUGUACUUGUUAGUGUUACUGGAACAGUCCCCGUAAGCGACAAGAGAAUUGAUCGAAAUUAUGAGUCAAGAAUUUCGGUGAACGUUCUUAAGUAUGAUGGUAUCAUUAACGAGAGAAAAGUAGGAGAGUCGAAGUCUGGUGCUAAAUUUCGUUUGCAUUUUGUAAGAGAAAACUAAAUCAAUCUAGUUAGGUACCUUGAAAAGACGACCAAGAUUUUAAGCUGUAUAACGAAUGGUCCCUUUUUCUCUCAGGGGAAGCCGUGCGUACUGUGAGCCUUGCAAAGACUACGAAAUUUACUGUCUUCCUCUGAUAUAUCCAAUGAGGUGUAUCGUGAUUACUCUUACUCACUGCUGCCUCGAGCAAAAGGGACUGUUUUUGUUUUGUCUACAAAGGCGUUGUCAGUAAUAUAUGUGUAAUUUAGGAAUUACACUAUAUAUUCGAAUUAAAAGAAUUUUGGUAAGAUAUUUUUGUACUUGAGUAUUGUAUUUUUUUGAAAAACGUUUUUGUUUCUUCGUUUUUUUUUUUAAUAUGAUUAUUAUUGUCAUUCUUUUAUGGUAAAGAUAUGUCUAUUUUUAAAAAAGAAAAAAAGAAAUAUUUUUAGAGCUAUAGUUAGUGUAAUGUAACAUUUUUAGAAACAAUAUUUGAUUGUAGAUAUUGAUGGAUACUUCAUGGUAUCUAUGAUACUUAAGCGCCUCUGAAAAUUAUUGCAAAGUUAUUCCUAGGAAUAGCAUUUUGACAUUAGGGAACUUAAGAACCACGACGACGACCGGAAGUGAGUUACAGUGUGCUGCGCAAGCGUGACCAGUAAAUUUCGUCGUCGUGGUGUCGUCGACGACGCCAAACAAAGUAGAAUCACGUCGUCCUGCAAUCCACAAGCUUCGGCAGGUAUAAUCCACUGUUUUAAGCGAUUUUUGAAGUCUUUGCAUUUUCUUAUCCUCGUAAAUUCUUUCUUUCUCCUAACAAGCGAUGUUGAUUGAAAAUUCGACUUAUGAAUUGAUUUUACUUCGAAGAAUGACAACAGCUGUGGAGGCCGAACAAGCAAACUCGCAAGUGAUAAAUUUAUUUGUACGUAUUUAGGUAAGGCAAAUCAUAUAUCUUUAAUACAGAAGAAAUAAACUUUAUAUGAAAAACAGCUAUCACAUCAGAAUGUCUUUUUUUUGAAAUCUAAACUCUGACAGACACUCGGACUCGGUCAUCUCAUUCAAGUUGAAAGUUGAAUAAUUUCGUACGGAAAGUAGGUGUUUUUCCCACCCGAAAAGGUCAGACAACACAAAAAAUUAUCCAUCGUCAGUGAAAUUAGACGUACGGCUUAAAAAAUAAGAUCUUGCAUUAUUUUUUUUAAGGACGCCAUUGCGAAAAACUUUGUUGCGAACGAACAUCACAAUUUUACAUUUGUGUUUACAUUCAGUGUCGUCGUCGUUGACCUACCGACCGACUGCAUCUUAACUUUCCUUUUUCCCCCCGAAACCGACGUUCUCGUUCCAGUCUUUUCCCAGUCAACAGACGUCGUCGUUGUGAACUUCGUCGUGGUUCUUAAGUUCCCUAUUGUCUGACAAUGAUGACGUGGUUAGAUAUCGCACUUUCACUUCUGAAAUUUUUUGAAUGAGGAAAAAUUGUGGCUUUGCAGUAACACUGUAAAAACUGUAGUUGAAAGAAACGAUGGUAAGAUGUUUUUGUAUUUUCCUUUAAAUUGUUAGGAAAACUUGCUUAUUAUAUUUCACUGCUUUUGCAUCGAUUUGUGUAAGACCUUAGAAUCCUUUAGUAUACUACAUUUUACUAUAAUGUGGUUAAAAGAAUAUGUAUUUUGAUGUGAAACGUUUUAAACUAUAGGACUAGAUGCUCUUUAUGUAAAGAAAAAGUGCAAUCUAAAAC